CUUGACUAUCCAGCCUAUUAGUUUAAUGCCAAAUGAUACAUAGGUUACUUUAUUUAAAUACAGUUCUCCUGCUAGUAAUUUUAACAGCUGCAUGCAGUGCACCAAAAAACGUCAAAUAGUUUUAGUUUUCCAGACUUCAAUUAGAAAUGCGGGACGUUGUUUGUUUUCUUCAUGCUUGUCUACUGUGUGUUUCAGAAUGAGUGAAAUUAUAGAAACUUGAUCGUAAAUGCAGCAUAUUUGGGAUUUCUUCCGCCCUCAGAAGGUGUGCUUGUGUCCAUUCCUGCCGGUACAUCCGCUAAAAAUCUCCACCUGCUUGUACAUAAUUCAGCAUCCAGCAGAGGAAAGUCGGGUAUUGAGGACAGUGCCCCUGCUAGCAGCUUGUCUCCCUCCAGACAAAUGUAAAAUUUUGGUUGGCCGGCGUUUUAGUGAAGACAGGUAUCCUGAGCUAGCAACUGUAUGCAGAAAUCCCAGUACUCUUAUUUUGUAUCCUGGAGCUGAAGCAACCAAUUUGGAAGAAGUCACUGUGAUGUCUUCUAGCCCACCAGUUAUGAUCAUCAUUGAUGGCACGUGGAGCCAGGCUAAAGAUAUAUUUUACAAAAAUUCUCUCUUCCGAUUUCCCAGGCAGGUGCAGUUAAAAACCAACAUUUCAAGUCAAUAUGUAAUACGGACGCAGCCAACAAACACCUGUCUCUCUACGCUUGAGUGUGCAGCUGUUGCUCUUACUAUCAUGGAAAAAAAUAAGAGUAUACAAGAGACUAUACUCCGGCCUCUUCAAGCGUUGUGCUCUUUCCAGCUUCAGCACGGGGCCCAGAUCCAUCACAGCAAGGAGCAUCUUCUCAAAAAUGGCUUAUACGACAAGCCAAUGCCAAAGAAUAAGCGCAAACUUAGAAGAAUGGAACUUUUGUUAAAUAAUGUAAAAAUAUAGGAGAACUGUACAUACCGUACAUUGAGAUUGAUGUGCAGCUAGCCAAUGGAUACGGAUCCGAAUUUAAUCCAAGCAGUUGUACAUACUGUAAUAAAGCAUCUUCUAGGUCUAGAUCUAGGUUCGCAGGGAAAAGCUCCACCAAGGAGGGAUCUCCAGAAAGAGAUCCUUCCUCAGUGCUCAUCAGCCCUUAAAUGAGGCCUAAGAGACCUUCUGGUCUCACAGGUGAAUUGCCUUCACCUGUGCUCCCAGGGCUGACUGGGUCUUUUCCCCAGGUGCUCAGUCAGCGGUUCAGGCCGUGACUCAGCAGUUCCCACACAGUAAUGGACUGGGAAGACUUCAGAAUUUAGAAGAAUAUGGAAUUUGUGUUAUUUUAAUUUCAGACUCUAACUUCUGAAGGUUUUCAAACAUUAAUUCCUUAUGUUAUUUAGGACACUGAGCAUAAACCAUGCUAUUUGUAUAGUUCUUUUUGAAGACAGGGUUUAUAUUUUGUCCCUUUUAAAAAUGUAUGUAUAUUUUACAAGGCCGUCAGGUUUAGUUUGUCUCUUAAACUUGGUUGUUUAAAUUAUGUCCACAUAUAUUUUUUAUCUGAACCUGAACUCUUCUGUUUAAAAAACAACAGCAAACAAAAAAGAACAAUAAAGUGAAUGUAGAGAGAUAAUUUUUUAAAUUAUAACUCAGGUUGCUAAAACUAAAGUUUCUCUUGUGCAGAAGGGGACGAAAGGGACAUUUUAUGCUUCGGACAAGCAGUAUACAUCAUAUCCAUACCCUUACAAACAGCUGUUAGGACAGUAAAGGAGUUAAACAAGCCCUGUGUGUACAGCCCAUUCAGAAGUAUGAUGCAGUGACAAGCAGUUAUUUCUGGGUACAACCUACUAACGUGUUUGCAAAUCCAUUAGAUGUGUUCUUUAACUAGUUUGUCUGUUUUACCAGUGAUGUCAAUGUACUUCCUUCUAAUGAGAAUUGCUAGAAGCAGAAGAAUUGAGGAUUUUUACAAGAUUUGUGAAUUAAUGUUUUGUGAUCUGGUGAAAAAUAAAAAGUGAAAUAAAGGUUUUAAAAUUCCAUUCUUCA